CGCCGCGCCUCCGGAAAGCUCAGCAUGCUCCAGACGAUUUACGAGGCCGAGUCGCGGUUCCCCUCGGACCGACUCUGGAGGAUCCUGGACGGACGUGAGGUGCACGCUGGCUCAGGUAAUACAGCUCAAGGGCCCAAUGGUGAUAUCAAUACACUGGCAACCGCAGGAUUUGAACCCACAACCUUCUGGACAUGCAUAGAGAUUCCCAAACCUGCUGAACUGCACACCGCCUCAUUACCAGUAUGGUACAGUUUUUGUGCUUUAAAGCCCCCAGCCUGCAAAAUACUGAGCUCUGUGUUUCUUCUGGCCUCAUGUUAGUUGGGGGGGGGGGGAGUUGGUGGCAUGACUUCAAAACCUUCAUUUCAUGCCUGGGCGGAGAAGCCUGACUGUGAGCCCUCGUCUGGGAAGGAAGCACGCGCUGGUGAUCUUUCUGCUUUCCGCCACACUCUGCGCGCUGAGCCAUGGUCCAACCCCCACCCCCCCUUGGGGUUAGAAUCGGAACCUCCGGCUCACUGCGUCACUCACUGACAUGACUUCAGUCUUGUGAAGUAGCUAUUUUUAAGCAUAUUUUUAUUUGCGAUGUUGAGGUCCUCUGAAUAGCCAGAACCGCACCCACCCCCCGGCCAGUAAAACCUGCUACCCCAGACAUAGUUACGGGACUGACGUCUGAAGCCAGUUGCCCGAGCGACUUCUGCCUUGGCACCUUACUUUCUGGUAAAGGAAUUUCGUUCUGGCACCUUUCAGUCGUUCUUUGAGUGCCCAUGGUUUCAUGUAGGUGUCACACAGGUGAUUUGUGCACCUCUAAGCCCUGAACGAUUUAAAUGUCGUCUUAAAUGUUAAGAAGUGACACUGCCCGCAACCUAGAGGCUUCCUCUGCCUGAUGGCUGCACACAUGCAGUUCUCUGACUGGCCACCAGAGGGGCGCCCAUCUUAUGUUAUCCUGCCUUUGUACCGGAGCGGGUCCAUUCUGGAAAAAGUGCCUCUUAACGCUAAUGUUUUUGAAUUAUAGGUUAAUGGAAUCGGAUGUUUAUCAGUCUUCCCUACGGAACACACGUGGUAUGUGCCCAGAAGCAGAAUCAUUAUACUGGGCCCUGGGCGCGGCCCUGUGCGCCGCUCUCCCGACAAGGCGGGGGGGGCGUUCUCAGCAGAAGGUGCUGCGGUGGGGGAUGAGUCUGGCGUCUGAAUCUAUAACGGGGAAAAAAAAGUGAGAAAAAUGGGGGGGCUCGUUUAGGCAACACUGUCACCAUGGCAACGUGAAGGGAGGUGUGUGUGUGUGUGUGUGUGUGUGGGAGGGGGGGGGGUUGUGUGGGCCUGUUACUGAUGUGUUUCUAUAUAUAACCCCCCCCCCCAACCGGGCCUCUCCGGCUAGAUAUGAGGAGCAAGUCUAGUCUAUAGUGGGGGGCAUGCAAAUGUCUCCCCCACCCGUACACACGGGGAUACUUACUGGGGAGGGCAGUGUGCGAGCCAAGGGGCCAUGCAGGAUGUUAGUUUGGGGGGAUUUCUGUGUUGCCUGCGACACGCUGGAGGGGGAGCUGGAGGUAACAUCCGGCCCAACACACAAACUGGCUGAUGUGGAAGUUAAGCCCGAGGUUCUGGCCGUCCUGGAGCCCGCCUCGCCGCUGGACCUGAGCACGGACAGCAGGAUGCCGGCGCUGGGGGGGGGGGAUUCGGACGCCUGGGAGCGGCGGCUGCAGCGGGAGCUGCUCCUCAUCCAGAAGCAGCAGCAGAUCCAGAAGCAGCUGCUCAUCAGCGAGUUCCGCAAGCAGCACGAGAACCUGACCCGGCAGCACCAGGCCCAGCUGCAGGAGCACCUCAAGCUCCAGCAGGAGCUGCUGGCCAUGAAGAAGCAGCAGCAGGAGCAGAACCUAGAGAAGGAGCGCCGGUUGGAGCAGCGCAGCGCCGAACUGGAGGACGCGCACAGGCACGAGCAGGAGCGCCAGCGCAGGGAGAAGCACGUGCUCGUCCUCCGGAGCAAGGAGCGCGCCCGAGAAAGUGCCAUGGCCAGCACUGAGGUGAAGCAGAAGCUUCAGGAUUUCCUGCUGAACAGACCGGCCAAGGACGGCAGCUCCAGUCACGUGACGGGCUACCGGCCCAAGCUAUGGUUGUCCCAGCAUAUGUCUAUGGACCAGAGCCCCCCCAGUUUGGGGACAGCGUCAUCCGCCUACAAAUGCACCCUCCCCUCACCGCCAGAUGGAAAAGACAGCUUUCCGCUACGGAAGACAGCCUCAGAGCCCAACCUGAAGCUGCGGUCACGGCUGAAGCAGAAGGUUGCCGAGCGACGGAGCAGUCCGCUGAUGUGCCGGAAAGAUGGCAGCGUGCUCAUGGUGCCCUACAAGAAGAGAGUGCUGGAAUUUGCUGGUUCCAUAGCCAGCAGCAGUGCCCCAGGAUCUGGGCCCAGCUCUCCCAACGACAGCUGCGGCGGCCUGGGGCCUGAGAACGGCGCCUCCCGUCUGCCGGUCGCUUCACAGAGCGAGCGUCUGCUGUCACUCCCAAGACUCCUGAAGCCUGACGACUCCAUGAGGCUGCUGUACACAUCGCCCUCUUUGCCCAACAUCACGCUGGCGCUGCCCCCCGCGGCAUCUCCCUCGCCCAUCGCCGCCGCCACCGCCCUGAAGGAGGCGUCGUCGGACGUCGGAUCGGACAGGCAGGUUUUGCCGGCUCACUUCCUGGGCGCCAUGCCUCCGGUCGCCCUGGAAAGCAAAGUGAACAGCAGCCACCAGGCUCUGCUGCAGCACCUGCUGCACAAGGAGCAGAUGAGACAGCAGAAGAUCCUCCCGCCAGGCAUUGGAAGCGUCCCGGUGCUCCCCCCGUCCCCGCUGGCCGUGAGGGAGCGGCCCUCCCCCAACCUGCGGCCCAAACUGCCCCGGCACCGGCCCCUGAACCGCACGCAGUCGGCGCCGCUGCCCCAGAGCACCUUGGCCCAGCUGGUCAUCCAGCAGCAGCAUCAGAGCUUUGUGGAGAAGCAGAAGCAGUACCAGCAGCAGGUCUACAUCAACCAGAUGCUCUCGCAAUCUAUCGAGCAGCUCCGGCAGCCCAGUGACAACCUACAGGAAGAGGAGGAGGAGAGGGAGCAGUGCGCGCGUCACAUGCUGCCCCCUGGUGGAGUCAUCCGGAAGUACAGCCAUAGUGGCAGCACCUGCAGCUCAGAUGGAGAGCCGCCGGAUGCUCAUGCGGGGGUCAUCAGGGUGAAGGAGGAGCCUCCUGACAGCGAGGAUGAGGACCAAGCACAGGGGGCGGGGCUGGGGGAGAGGGAUGCUCGCCUGCAGCAGGUAGGGGGCGGCGAUGUUCCUCAGAGGGUAGUCAUACGAGCCAUUAUGUAGAAAAGGAGCUGGAGAGGCGGAGAGAUGGAGGGAGAGAGAGGAAGGGGGAAGACGCCAGAUCAGAAAGAAACAACACUGACAUUGUUAGUAAAUGUGUCCUCCUCCGACGAACCGGGUCGGGCCCUCAGAUCCCCGCGAAAAGCUUGUGGACGACGGCCAACAACCCUCCCCCCCCAGCCUGCCACCACCUGCACGCCCCCGUGAGGCCGCUGAGUGUUCAGCGCACACCUCUGAAUCCUCCCCGGUUACCCGGCAGUUUCGUCCUCAGUGACCAUCGCCUUGUGUUCAGAGGACAGCACGUGACAUUCCACAGAAGUGUAUCGCGGUCACUUACAUGACGAGUUACACCUUUAACCAAAGUGACUUACACAGCGUUUCCUUUUUUAAUCCUUUAUACCUUUGUAAGGGUGGUGCCUCCCGCCGGCAGUUCUGGUUAGACACCUCGUUCAGAGAACAUCUCAAACACCUCAGCGUCUCUCCCUCCCACGCUGUGCUCUCCAGUCCCGAUCCUUUCGCCCAGUAUGUAAAUUCGGCAGGAGCGAAAGGCCAGUUUCAGCCUUUCCUUCUUUUGUUGUUGUUGUAAAGCCCGUUGCUCGCUGCCGGCUGUGAUUAUUCUGGACUCGGUCCUGCCUCCGUCCUCUGAGGAGUGAUUUAACGCUGGGAUCUUUGAGAUCGUUGAACUGAAGGGGGCAUUUGGGAGCUAACCCUGCGCGAACCCGCAGCUAUCUCGGCGGAUACGCACUUCCAGGGCCAGCCGGCGAGACGAAAACGAAUCUGAAGGCAAAGACAAGCACCGGCACCUGGCCGUCGCACCCCCCCACCCCCUUGUUUCCCCCUCCUGGGUCCCGAAUCCAGGCGCCUGUCAGGCUCUUCGCUCCCCUGUUGGCUGAGGAGUCAUUGGGACCGGCCCCGGGACAGGAAAUGCUUUGCGCGGAGUGAGGAGUCGCCGUGAUUCAUGCAGAAAUGCGAGAGAGGGGGACCUGGCGGAGCUGCCAGGGCCGCAGCCUCAGAACUGAUUCACUGCCGAAGGCCCCCCCAGCCUGGCAUUUCCUCUCCGACCUCGCUGCCAUUUCUCUGGGGGUCCAGGCCACCGUUCCUUGCUCAUGUCGCGCUCCGUAGCGCUUUUUGUGUCCGCGUUCAAUUUUGCCUGAUAUCUGUGAAGCAUCGCAGGUUUGGGGGAAAGGCUCCCAUGGACUCAACCCAGAGAGACAGAUCAUUUUAGGUGCGAGGGGACGGAGGAGACCCCCCCUGCUGAUCCGCUUGGUACGCACCGAAGUGUCCGAUCCACACCGGGCUGCACUUCUGCCUGCAGUGUUUUCCCAGAGUUACAGCCCGGCUCCAUGUAGAUGUUAGAAGCUGAUCCAGUGCUAGCGGUGCUUUGCUGAUGUUCCCUUGUUCCUGAUGUUGUCGUCGUCGUUGGGAUUUCACGCGCCUCUGUGUUUGUGACCUUUCCUCUGCCUUUGGUUAUGGUCCUUUUUUCUAAAUAAAAUACAUUUCUUGUCUAUGC